UAAGCGAAUCCAUCGCGACCACUAGAUACCCUACCUGCUUAGUUCGAGAUCAGGCUUUCUUCGAUGAUCUGCGACGAGAUAGAUAUUUCCAAUCCUCACUGGCGAAGCGUCGAUGAGGUGUGUGAGACCGACCGACGAGAAAGGCGAAGACUGAAACGGGAAGGAACCGAAGGCGGCAAGAAAACCACAGUGAAGUGUUUCCUCAGACUGCCUCUUUUUUUUUUUUUGUUUGUUUUGCUGACAAAGCAGGACGACAAGCAAGAAAGGGAAGACGAGAGUUAGAUGAGAGCUUGUAUUUGCAACAGAAUCCUUUUUUUAGUAGGUUUUGUAUGGAUUGUGUGAAGUCUAUCUGGAGGUCUCAAGAGAGCG